UCCUCUGAAGCAGGAGGAAACAGAGACACAGCUAGAAGUGAACAGAUCCUCUCAUACACAUGUACUCCACUGUAGACAUGAUUUACCUUCUGAUUCUCUCUGGGAUUUUACUUCACAUCUCAGAUGCUGGAUCUGGGGCUAUGAAUAUCGGAGUGAAAUCUGGAUCACCAGGCAUUAUUCCCUGUCUAUAUGAUAAAAAAUAUGAAGGAAACCGUAAAUACUGGUGUAUGGGGUAUUCUUGGUCUACUUGCAGUAUAUUAAAUUAUGCAAAUGGGUCAGGAAAAUAUUCCCUCACUGAUUAUCCAGCCCAGAGUAUUUUUACAGUUCAGUGGGAGAAUCUGCAGACCUCAGACUCUGGAUAUUACUGGUGUGCUGCGGAGAUCGGUGACUAUAACACCCGAGACUACAGUUAUUAUCUGUAUCUGACCGUACAAUCAGCUCCUGAUGUGUCUGUGGUGAGCAGCAGUGUAUCUGAACAUGAAGCUGGAGAUAUCAGUGUUCAGUGUCUCUACAGUUCUAGAUAUCAGUAUAAAACUAAACAGUGGUGCAGAUAUAAAGAUGAGAGAUGUUACACAGUGGGGAGGACUGACACAUCCCAGAGUUCAUCAGUCCAGAUCAGUGAUGAUGAUGGGAGAAGAUCCUUCACUGUGCUGAUGACUGGACUGAGACUGACUGAUUCUGGCUGGUACUUCUGCUCUGUAGGAGAUCUGCAGGCUCCUGUUCAACUCACGGUCACUGAACCUGAAAGAGUUUUUACAACUACUCCCGCAUCUACACCAUCUCCCUCUGAGGCAGAUAUACACACAUCACAGCCAUCAGUCACCAGGAAUCCUACAACUAUGAAAACUGAAUCAAGUCCUGAGACAGACAUAUCUGAAACCCAUCCAUCUCUAACAGCAUCCUCAGAGACUGUUAAUAGUCAAACACACAGCAGCACGGAUGAACAAAAGUAUUUCAGACGUGAUGUGAUUCUGGUCACGUGUCUUCCAGCGAUUCUGCUCUUACUGCUGGUUACUCUUGUUGCCAUAGUAACUUGGAGACUGAGAAAGAAGCAGAAGAGGCCUCAAAAUAGAGAAGAAGCACACUUUAACGGCACCACAAUGUCGUGUGAAAACCCAACGACCUCCAACAGUCCAGCAGAUGAUCCUUCUCAUUCGGUCAUUUACAGUUCUGUGGUCACCUUUCCUAAAGCACCUUCUUCUUCACUGAAUUCAGAUGGUGGUACGAUGUACAGCUCUGUGAGAAAACACCCAAGGCCAUGAGUUCACUUUACCAAUCAACACUU